ACCUUCCUCCUCCCGCAACCCAGCCCGGCCGAUCCCCUCUCCCCUCCCCCCUCGCCCUACCGCCGCCCGCGCGCUCGCCCGCCGUCCCGUGAGCCGCCCCGCCACCGAAAACCCUAGCGGCGCAUUGCUCUCCCCCAACACCCGCGGAUCUGGAGGAGGAGGAGGCCGCCGCCGCAUGUCGCUCUUCCGCAAGUUCUUCUACCGCAAGCCCCCGGACGGGCUGCUCGAGAUCACCGAGCGCGUCUACGUGUUCGAUUCGUGCUUCUCCACCGAUGUCUUCGACGACGACAAGUACCGGCAGUACAUCGGCGACAUCGUCCUGCAGCUGCGGAGCCACUUCGCUGACGCCUCCUUCAUGGUCUUCAACUUCCGGGAUGGGGACGGGGAGAGCCAGCAGAGCCUGCUGGCCGGCAUCCUCUCCAGCUACGACAUGGUGGUCAUGGACUACCCGAGGCAGUACGAGGGCUGCCCGCUCCUCACCAUGGAGAUGGUCCACCAUUUCCUCAGGUCAGGGGAGAGCUGGCUCUCCCUGGGCCAGCACAACGUCCUCAUAAUGCACUGCGAGCGAGGCGGCUGGAACAUGCUUGCCUUCAUGCUGGCGGGCCUGCUGCUGUACCGGAAGCAGUUCAUCGGCGAGCAGAGGACGCUGGAGAUGGUGUACAGGCAGGCCCCUCGUGAGCUCAUCCAGCUGCUCUCGCCGCUGAACCCCAUGCCGUCUCAGAUAAGAUACCUGCAUUACAUAUCUCGGAGGAACGUGAGCGCAGAGUGGCCACCAGGUGAUCGACCGCUUACCUUAGACUGCGUGAUACUAAGGAAUACCCCGGGCUGUAAUGGGGAGGAUGGAUGUAGACCGAUAUUCCGUAUCUAUGGGCAGGAUCCUCUACUUGGUACAGACAACAACCCCAAGGUGCUUUUUUCAACACCAAAGAGGAGUAAAUACGUUCGGCAUUACAAGCGGGCAGACUGUGAAUUGAUUAAGAUCGACAUCCACUGCCAUAUUCAAGGAGAUGUUGUCCUUGAAUGCAUUAGUAUGGAUGCUGAUCAAGAAUGGGAAGAGAUGAUGUUCAGAGUCAUGUUCAACACAGCAUUUAUCAGAUCAAACAUUCUCAUGCUAAACCGUGAUGAAAUUGACAUAAUGUGGGAUGCAAAAGAUCGAUUCCCAAAGGAAUUCAGAGCCGAGAUUCUUUUCUCAGAAAUGGACACUGCAGAUCAAUUAUAUCCCAUGGAGAUGGCAGGUAUAGGGGAGAAGGAGGGCUUACCAAUUGAAGCAUUUGCAAAGGUUCAAGAGAUGUUCAGCAUUGUUGACUGGUUAGAUCCGAAAGGGGAUGCCGCGGUCCAGUUUUUCCAGCGGCUAACCACAUAUGAAAAUAUACAGCUGAGACAGGGAUUGGUGUCUCCAAGCAAGAAAGAUUCUAGCAUUAGAAAAGAAAUAGGGCAAUUGGAGCUUGGUUCACCGACCAGAAAUAUACAGCUGAGACAGGGAUUGGUGUCUCCAAGCAAGAAAGAUUCGAGCAUUAGAAAAGAAAUAGGGCAAUUGGAGCUUGGUUCACCGACCAAAAAUAUACAGCUGAGUCAGGGAUUGGUGUCUCCGAGCAAGAAAACUUCGAGCAUUAGAAAGGAAAUAGGGCAAUUGGAGCUUGGUUCACCGACCAAAAAUGAACCUGAUAAUGGUCAAAACAAAUCAAGCAGUGCUGAACACUCAAAAGUCUAUAUGAACAAAAAGGAAUGUGAUGGCAAUGGCAUACACAAAUUAGUCCCAUUGGACCCAGCCAGUAUUUCUCUAAGAAAAUUAGGAAAUUCUGUUGUUCCUGAAAACAUAAACCCUCAAGUUCAUAAGGAAAUAACACAUGUAGUUGACAUCACUACCGAACGAUCGUCUUCACUGGAAAAGCCUGACGAGCAAUCUAGUCCAGUACAGUGCUCUUCACCCUCUACGAUUAUGUCGCAGCGGUUUCCACUUUCUAGGUCAACUUCUUCCUUUUCUAGCAACUCACCUCCAAGAUUACUUUCAGCAUGCCCAAGAUUUUAUAGCGUGCCUUCAGCCCUAGGAAUUACAGCUUUGUUGGAAGACGAUGCUACAUUUGGAGGUUCUGAGAAUUGUGGUUCAACCAUAAUUGCACCUACAGUCAAAGUUCCGUCAAAACUAUCAUCAGGACAGCACCCAGCUACAGGGACUCCGGUUGUAACAAAGGGUACGUCACCGCCAUCGUCAUCACCACCACCACCCCCUCAGCCAUCAGGUCCUGUGUUGUUCGUAGCGUCUGAUGCUUUUAUGCUGUCCGAGGCAGAAGAUGAUUUAUCUAUGUUGUCUCCGAAGCAUUCAGGUCCUUCAUUGUUGCCCCAUCCAUCUCCUCCACAUGAAGAAUCCGCAUCGCAGUUACCUGGAACUACUACUCUGCCCGCAAAUCAUCAGCAGUCCUCAAGUAACAAUGCACAAGAAUCAUCACCAACUUCUUCUGCUCUUGCCACUACCUCUACUUCAUUCGGACCUCCUCCACCACCUCCACCUCCACCUCCACCUCCAGCUUCUCCUGUUAGAAUAGUUGGGCCUCCUUUGUCUGCACCUAAGUCCUGCCUCAGUAGACCUCCUGCACCCCCUCCACCUCCACCACUUGCUUCUACUUCAUCUCCUCUUAGACCUCCUGCACCACCUCCGCUCCCAGCACUUGCUUCUACUUCACCUCCUGUUCUGCCUCCUGCACCACCUCCACCUCCAGCACUUGCUUCUACUUCAUCGGCUGUCCGACCUCCUGCACCCCCUUCACCCCCACCAGUUGCUUCUACUUCAUCGGCUGUUCGACCUGCUGCACCACCUCCACCUCCACCUCCCCCACUUGCUUCAACUUCAUCUCCUAUUCGGCCUGCUGCACCACCUCCACCACCUUCCCCAACAUCAUGUGCCAUUAGAUCUUCAGCACCGCUUCCACCUCCACCUCCACCUCGAGGAAUUACUUCUACACCACCACCACCACCGCCACCCUAUCAUUCAUCAAAACAAUCUCCUCCUGCUCCACCACCACCUCAUGCUCCAAGCUUCUCAAAGGAUGCCAACCAUCAUGGAGCUUCUGGCAAUGCUGUACCUCCACCAGCACCUCCUGGUCUUAAUGCUAAUCUGUUUGGUACUAAGGGGCGUGGACCUGCACCUCCUUCGGGUCCAAUGUCUAAGAGCCUUCAAUCUGGUCAGACUAUGUCCAGAAGGUCCAAUCUGAAACCACUACACUGGGUGAAAGUUACAAGAGCGAUGAAGGGCAGUCUCUGGGCAGAGGGACAAAAAGCUGAUGAAGCUUCAAAAGCCCCAGUGUUUGACAUGUCAGAACUAGAAAAUCUUUUCUCAGCUGCUCUACCAAAUUCAGAUGCUAGGCGUUCAGAUAAGUCAGGAAGUCGUGCAUCUGGGGCAAAACCAGAGAAAAUUCAUCUUAUUGAUCUUCGUCGGGCUAACAAUUGUGGAAUCAUGCUUACGAAAGUCAAAAUGCCCCUUCCGGACCUAAUGAGCGCUAUUCUUGCUUUGGAUGACACCGUCCUAGACGCUGAUCAGCUGGACAACCUAAUUAAGUUCACUCCAACUAAAGAGGAAAUAGAACUUCUGAAGGGUUACAAAGGAGAUAAGCAAGAUCUUGGUGAAUGCGAACAGUUCUUCAUGGAGCUUAUGAAAUUACCCCGUGUGGACUCUAAGCUGAGAGUUUUCUCAUUCAAGAUUCAGUUCCGAUCUCAAGUGUCUGACCUGAAGCGGAAUCUGAACAUUGUUAACUCAUCUGCUGAAGAGAUAAGGGGUUCAGUGAAGUUGAAAAGGAUCAUGCAGACGAUUCUUUCUUUGGGAAAUGCAUUGAACCAAGGCACUGCUAGAGGUUCUGCUGUUGGAUUCAGGUUGGAUAGCUUACUCAAAUUAAGUGAUACCCGUGCACGGAACAAUAAGAUGACCUUAAUGCAUUAUUUAUCCAAGGUGCUUUCUGAGAAACUUCCAGAACUUCUUGACUUUCCUAAAGAUUUGGCUAGCUUGGAGUUGGCAGCAAAGAUACAAUUAAAGUCUUUGGCAGAAGAAAUGCAGGCCAUAAACAAAGGGCUCGAGAAAGUGGAGCAAGAACUAACUAUAUCUGAAAACGAUGGUCCUGUGUCGGAGAUCUUUCGUAAGACACUGAAGGGCUUCCUCAGUGGUGCUGAAGCCGAAGUUAGAGCCUUGACUUCACUUUAUUCUAACGUGGGCAGGAAUGCAGAUGCAUUAGCACUUUAUUUUGGAGAAGAUCCAGCACGUUGUCCAUUUGAGCAAGUGGUCACAACGCUCCAGAACUUUGUGAAAUUGUUCACGCGAUCGCAUGAAGAGAACUGCAAGCAGUUGGACCUUGAAAAGAAGAAGGCUCAGAAGGAAGCAGAACCAGAAAAGGCUAAGACGGAAUCGGAAAAUGAGAAAGAUAAGCUUAGUCAUCCAAUCAAAGAGCUAGACAUCUCACUUCAAUCACAACCACAAACUGCCAGUGCCAAAUGAUGACCUCUUUUACCAGAGAGAACCUGGUGCUUUCUCUAUGGCAGAUGCACACUGGAUAUGUAUGUUGCCCUGAGCAUUAGUUACCAGGGAUGCCAGUAAACCUGCCGCAACAAGAAGGCCAUCGAAUACACCGUUAUACUUGUAACAGAGGGAUUCCCGGAGAAAGUCAUCCCUGGCGACAAAACUGUAUAGUUCUAACAUAAUAAUAGUUCGCUUGAGUGUGGUGAUGGUGAGUGUUACCAUUGCAACUUCAUUAAUUUAUAUGUAACUAGUGUUUAGCAAAAUAUAAAAUAAAUCAUCGGUCAAUAGAAAUGGGUGCUUCUCUGUGUCAACAAUGGAAACGGCUGUCUUCUUUGUGGGACAAAAGAGAUUGUUGUUUAUACAAGCUUAGGCGAUAGAACUUGUAUAUCGUUUCUUCAGUA